GCGACCUUUCCUAGAAUUCAUUGCGUGUUUCCUUCCUAAAAAUUCAAUUCAACAUUUUUUUUACUGAAAAUCAAAUUGGCCAAUCAUGAGAUUCAACAAAGGCAGCAAAGUCGAGGUUCUAACCGGGAACGAGGCUCCAACCGGCGCCUGGCGCUGUGCCCAGAUCAUCUCCGGCAACGGCCACACUUACAGCGUGAAGUACGGUUGGUUUCCGAUCACCGGCAAGGAGGCACCGGUGGGGAGAGUCCCCAGGAAAGCGAUUAGGCCUUGCCCUCCUCCUAUAAAUGGAGCCGAUGAUUGGGUUUCCGGUGACGUCGUUGAGGUGUUCGACGAUUUGUGCUGGAAACCGGCGGUGAUCGUUAGAGUUUUCGGUGGAAACAACUUCUCCGUUAGGAUUAUUGGAUCGAGUAGCGUACUCAAUGCACAUGAAUCUCGAUUGCGUGUACGGCAAUCUUGGGACGCUGGCAGAUGGUUCCUUGUUGGAAAGGGCUCGUCGAUUUCGUCUGGACCACCGAAGAGGAAAAGAUCAUUGCUUGGCAUCUCGGAUGCUGGUGGGAAGAAGACGAGGGUGAUUGAAAAAGUUAGUAUUGGUGGUCAAAGACUAAUAGUUCGGCUUCCUUGUCCAGCUUCUGAAAAGGUAGAUGCAUUUGUUUCCCCAAAAAAUAUACUGGGUGAAAGAUGUAUGCCUUCUUCAUUUCGUAGAAUUGAUUAUAUCAAUGAUACCAUGAGUUGUGCGUCAUCUGUUGGUAGUUGUAGUGGUUUAGGAAAUAAUGGUCAUAACUUGUCUCCAAGUUAUGUAACAAAAGGUUGUGAAAAUUUAGAGGAAUACUGUAGUUAUGCUGACUCAUAUUCUGAAAGGUGUUACGGAGAAGAAGGAAAUUCUUUCUCCACUAGUGUGGAAUUGGGAACAGAUUUCCAUAGGUCAGAGCUGCAUGCCUAUCAGAAAGCACUGGGGGCAUUGCAUGCUUCUGGGCCUUUGACUUGGGAAAAAGAAGAAAAGGUGACUAACCUACGUCGUUCUCUUAAUAUUUCAAAUGAUGAACAUUUGAGGGAGCUUAGAAAGUUGAGACAUGAUAAUAAUAGGUUUUUUGUUAGUUGUUGCUAGAUUUACUUCAAUGAUGUAGAUAUUGUAAAGAUACUUUAAAUUUUCAAUUUAGUAAUUGCUUUAUUAGUUUCUUCUGUUAUCUCCAUGAAAAAGGCUUUUGUUCUUUAUGUUUAGAUUUAGGCUUAUAUAUAUAUAUAGAAGCAUCAUUUUCCGUUCUUUUCGUUUUUUCUUUUGACCUUUCAUAAAUGUUGCAUAUUGUUGGGCGGAUAUUUCAGCACAGUAAAUUCUAUUAUCCCUUGUGAAGUUGUUGAGUUACAUUGAAUACAAAGAGGUGAAUUACAUUCUUAGUCGCUUGAAGAUUUGCUAAAUUGAAUUUAAGCAUAUACAAAUCUAAGUUCCAGAAACAGUAAAAUGAAUUGUAUGUUUCAGUCUUCCCAGCACAUUGAUAUUCAAAAAAAUUUCCUAUAACCAUAAGAUUACUUUGACCUUGUUCCUGGUCUUUACCCACACAAAAAAUGACCUUUCUUUCUAGUUCAGUUGCUGUUGGGAUUUUGGAAAUUGUGAUGUGAAGCUGGCUGGUUUAUGAUUCUAGCUAGUGUUUCAUACAUUUCCAGUUUUAUGUAUGUGUAGCUAUUCUACAUCAUAUCAUCAUGAUGUACAAUUCUUAUACUUGCUUUAUUUCAGCAGCAUAUGGAAUUAAUGUUGAGAAAUGUCUUGAUGCUUUCUCAGAAUAUCUCAUGGCCAAUGUUGGAGGCAUCAAUACUUUGCUUCUAAAGCCAUGAUGGACUGAGUAUGUCAUCUCUUACAGUUUACCAGGGGACAACAUCCAUGGUUUAUUCCUAAAGGAAGCCUUAAGCCUCGCUUUUGGUAUGAAUUAUUUCUAAAAAUAUUUAAACAUUCUGAUUUAUCUAUGGAAAUGGUAGUAUAAGUCACCGUAUUCCUUGUUGCAGAAAAACAAUAUAAUCUUAAAAGCUAGCGUACACUUUAGCAUGUAAAUUGUUAGGUUGUAGAUGCACUUAUGGAAAGACAAUCUUAUCUUCUUCUAUCCCCCCUGCCCCCACCCCCAAAAGAGUAUAUGAGAAUUUUAGAUAUAUCCCAUAGUGGAAUGGUUUCGUAUCUCUAGAAUGUACAUAUACAAUAAUGGAACAAUUUUGGUAGGAUGGUUAAUAAGUUUAUAUCUUGCUCUCUCUUCUUUUGAGCAGAUACUUA